CAGAAAAUUCAUAGACAAUUUAUUCCAGUAUGCCAACUUUUUUAUAACUGCUAGUGUCGUAAUAAACGGACUUUAAAAAUAAAGUAUGCGAUAUUCUCUUGAAAAUAUAUUUAAAGAGAUUUUUAAUAUAAUAUCUUCUAAUAAUAUUAGAAGAUAUAAUCAUAUAUAAUAUCUAAUAUUUUUAAUAUAAUUUAUAAGUCGGAUUGUUACAUUAUCAGUGUGGUUGGCCAAAAACUACCUCGUGCGUCAUGUUCGUGAACGGGUGAGUCUUAUGGAUUUGAAAUUCAUAUUCAUAUGUUUACUGAAUAUUACGUUAGUUUAUCAAUAAGUUAUGUUUUGUUAUUUUUUUUGCAAGUGGUUGUCGAAGCUGAAACUGAAUAAAAGAUAUAUGUAGAUAUGGUUUGCAGUUGCACAUUAAUGUUAUAUUUUUGAAAUUGAAAUAGACUUCAUAAUAGCAAAGUUUAAUGAAAUAGUAACGACUAUUGGUAAAAAGUAAAAUGUAUCUGGCGAAAAGUCUUAUAUAAAAUAUAAAUAUUUUUAACAACAUCAUAUACAUUGCUCAGAUUCCAAGAUGAGUAGCUAAAGCCCCCGUAUUAUGGAGUAUCUGAGACAACGAAGGUACCACAACACCCAGACCCGAAUCAAUAUAGAAAAGUUAAUUUUCUACAUUGACCCGACCGGGAAUCGAACCCGGGACCUCAGAGAUGGCGACACCUUGAAACCGGCGUGCGAACCACUCGGCUACGGAGGUUGUAAAAAAUUCAAACAUUUAAAAUUAGAUGGUUUAAUUUUUUUAGACUUCUACUGUUUAAAUCAACGAUAGAUUUAAAAAAAUUAUAAGUUAUUAAAAUAAUAGUAUACAUAGUUGGUAUAUUACAAAAAUGCAUUUCUGACACAACCACUACACUAUGCGUAAGUUCUCUGUAUCCAUUGAACAAAAGUUUUUACCUGUGUUCUUACUUGGGGCAAAAAUCACUGCAUUUGGUAUUUUGCUAGAGCUAAGUGUAACUGUGAAUUUAAUAUUUUUCAUUUUAUCACCAUGCCUCAUCUUUAUUUGUUAGUGGAAUGGACUAAGACGAAUAAUCAUAUACCGCAAUAUGAUAUAGUGAGUGUUAUUCCGGAGAAAUAUCGUGAUGUCAAUUUAAAAGUAGGAAAUAUUAUAUUGAUGUUGAAAAGACGUGAACAAACUCCCCGCUUGUGCUGUGUUUUGAGGGUUUCUUAUGUAAAACAAAAGCUAUUGGAGCUGAAAUCUCUCCUGGAAGAUCAAACAAACGGUUUUCGAAACUACCUAUUGGAAUAUCCUCAUAGUGAAUCCGAGCAACCAGAUAGUGCAAUUCGCUACAUUGAUCAUAGGUACUUAGACAACGAUACGAGUCAGAUAAGACGCCUUGCAUCUACACCAAGUCAAAAUGUCAGCUCUAAUAGAUUUCAUCAACCAGUAUGUAAUGUGAAACCAAAAAAAGAUAAGAACACUCAGACAGAUUCAGAAAUAACGGCGGGAGAUCAACCCAACCAUUUAUUACACACUGAAGGAAAAAUAUUAUUAAAACAAAUAUAUAGAAAUUUUAUUGGAAUAUUUGGAGAAGUAGCAGGUAUAAGAGAUAUAAUUGCUAAUUAUCCUGAUUUAAAUCAAGCGUUAGGCUAUGAUACUGAUGUAGAAGAAUCUGUUCAGAAUGAUGCAACAGUGGUGAAUGAUUCAAGCACGUUUCAAGACGUUGUUAAUAGUGAAGUUAGUUCACCAGGGAAUAUCACGGAUGCCACAACAACAUCACAGACCGUGAGCGAUGAGCAAACAGAAGUUGCUGACAAUUCUCAUGCUAUUACUACUUCUACUACUGCUACUAGUACAACACCUGACAAUGGUAAACAAGAAAUGGUAGAUAAAAACUUCAAAUGA